AUGUGGGACAGUCCAGGAACCAGGGCGCAAGCGGCGAAAAUGCCCAAACCAGGUCUGCACGACAUCUUGCUGAAAACCGUGAGCGACACGGCGUCCUACCUGGGAUUCGGAGUCAAAUGCCUCAAUGGUGGCCACAAGACCGAAGAAAACACUUGCAUCUGCCCCAAACACUUUAAGGGAAAAGAAUGCGAGACGAAAAUCUGCAUAAAUCAUGGAAAACUCGAAAAAGUAAGCAUCCCGACGGUCCAUCACGUCUGCAAGUGUCCCCAUCCGGAAUUCAUCACCGGCGAGCACUGUGAGAAGAUUCGCUGUGCCAACUACGGCGAGUUUCAAGCGUUUCCGACGAAUGCCACGUGGCGAUGCGAUUGUAAGGGAUCGAGGUUCUAUCAGGGAGAGUUCUGCGAGAAGUUUGUGCUCUCGUCGGGAUGGGUGGCGGCUCUCGCGUGUUUUGCCGUUUUUGUCAUCGUUGCAUUUAUUUGCUCGUCGAAUUGGUUUAGUAGGAAUCGCACGAGAAGAAGCUCCCGCCACUCCCACAGUCAAUCCCAACGAACUACCCGGUCUCGCGAUGCUCUUCGACGUGUCAUUGAGCCAUCAAUGGACAAUCCACGUGGCGCCGCUCAUCGAUCGGCGUCUUCUGAUGAGCUGAUCUCCAGCGAACGAGGUGCCCAUCGGCGGACUCAAGCGUUCCCGCCGGGAGGCAUCACUCAGCAGUACGUGGUUCGACUCGACACGAUUCCCACGUUCAAUCCUUCGAUGAUAGGUGGUGUCGAGCCGAUGAACCCUUCCGAUGCUCGAGCUGCGAUUCCAGUGGGCCCACCGCCAUCCUACGAUCAGGCAAUGUCAUCGAUCCGUUCCGAACCACCCAGCUACACGCCGACGGCGGCCAAAAACCAAACGGAUUCAUGA